AAAUUCCUCAGUCAGAAGCUAGAGGAUCUCGAGAGCCCUGAAGAUUUCUGAGUCAUUCCCAAAAAUUUCCUUUCUGGCGUUGUACUGGAUGCAUGAGACAUGAUUUUGCUUUUUGGACAUCUCCCUUGAGCGUUGCCUUGGCCUUUUAUUCGGUAUAUUUGGUAGGGUAGGGUAUUUUCUUUGAACGUGAUGAAAUACAAUUUCCCGCAAUCGUAUUCUGUAUAUAGGUUGAUAUAUCCCUGUAACCAAUGAGUCAUCAUUAAAUAUAAACUGUCGGUGAGACUUAUCAGUUUUAGUCAACAUCGCAGAUCGUCAACAACCAACCACCAUUCAAAACACCAACAACCAUCCAACCUAUCCAACACUACCUAUACAAACCAUACAAACCACACAUACACAUAAACUGUACAACAACAACACAACACCAAAAAUGCUGAACGAACCCAACCUCCCUCUCCCCCACCCCCACAACAACAUAAUCCUCACCCCACCCCGCCCCAACUCCGACGAAACAGCCCUGGUCACCCUCCUCAACUCCCCAAAAAUCUACCCGCACAUAACCACACCCCCCUACCCCUACCACCACGACCACGCAGUGUACUUCCUGGCCAACGCGUACGCCGAGAGCGCGCGCCUCCUCGCCUCCGCGCACACCGACCAAUUCGUAAACGGGUGUCCGUUUACGUGUAUCCGGUUCGCGAACUCGGGGCAGAUGAUUGGCGUGGUUACGAUCUCGAGGGAUAAUUUUCCUGAAUUGAGGGUUGGGAGUGAGGAGAGGGGGCACGCUAUAGGAAUGAAUGAGGGGAGGGAGGUUGGGGGGGAGGGGGUUAUUUGGAUGUUUGGGGACUAUCUAUCGCCAUCUCAUCAUGGAAAGGGGAUUAUGACGGCUGUUGUACGGACUAUUAUUCAUGAUUGGGCGAUUCCACGGAUGAACGCGCAUAUCAUCAAGGCUUCUAUGCAUACUGAUAAUACCGGUAGUAGGAGGGUGUUUGAGAAGAACCAGUUUCGGAAGCAGUGUACGUUGGAGGAUUGGGCUGUUGUACCGGAGAAUCGGGGCGGAGGGCGAAAAUCGAUUCAUGUGAUGGAGUGGAGGAGGGAGUAUAUUGAAUAGAUGAAUAUGUUUGAUCGAUUGAUUGAAUUAUCGUGGGCAUGUGCGAAGUGGGCGAAUGAGAAGUAUAAAUGUCAAUUACAUACAUUAAGAUCAAU